AGAAAUUGAAAAGGGAAAAGAGGAAGGAGAAAAUGCUGGGCUGGUGUGAAGCGAUAGCCCGUAACCCUCACAGACUCCCCAACAACACGAGGACACCCGAGAUCCCAGGGGAUUUGGCUGAUGCCUCACAAACCUCCACACUGAAUGACAAAUCCCCAGGGCGAUCUGCUAGUCGAUCAAGUAACAUUUCAAAAGCCAGCAGCCCCACAACAGGGACAGCUCCCAGGAGCCAGUCAAGGUUGUCUGUCUGUCCGUCCACUCAGGACAUCUGUAGAUCUUCCAUCUUGCAUGACAUGUCAGAAGAUGCAUUUGAGCACUGUAGCCCUGUCAUGGUGCUGAGUCCCGCUAAAGAUUCUUGUAAGAAACCAGUAAAACAGAAGCCUAGGAGGAGAAGGAUGGCCUCCGAGAGGUAUGAGCAUUCAGAAGAGCAGAUAAAAGGCAGAAAAAAGGAUUUCCACCUCCAGAUCUCAAGCCCCAGCUGGAGGGAACUUUACACAGAUUCUUCAGAUUCAUCUUCCACAGAUGAGAGUCACUGGAUUCAGGCCAGAAGGAGAGCCCAGGUUAAAUUCAGACUGUCACGAAGAAGGAGAAACAAUAAUAAAUCAUGUGGAAGUUUGGCUGGGUCUUCCACUUCUAAAGGAAUUGAGCUUAUUGAUUUGGGAUCCAAAGGUAAGCAGCAACAGGAGCUGGUGGAAUGUGAGAGUUGCUCUUUAAACCUCUGCAGAGGAAAAGUCGUAAGGUACCACGAAUGCAGUGCUUCCCUGCCAGGAGGAUCCUUUGAGAUGAAGAGACUGUCAAGGAACCAAGAGGGAAACAAAGGCAGAUUCUGCCCCCAAGAUUCUAAGCUCUUGCACAGUCUCAGGCAAAAUGAAACAGUCAAGAAGAGACUUUCAGAAGCGGAUUCCAGCACUGAAAUAGCGGCGGUCAGAGAAGGUGGCAAGUAUGAGGACAAUUCAGGGCUCCAGGUGCAUAGCCCGAUUCCGAAGCCUCCCGCUGCCUAUGAUGAUGGGUCUGAUCAUGUAGAAGUCUGCAGGAUUUGUCAUUGUGAAGGGGAUGAGGAGAGUCCCCUCAUCACACCCUGCCGCUGCACGGGGACCCUGCGCUUUGUCCACCAGUCCUGUCUCCACCAGUGGAUCAAGAGCUCAGACACGCGUUGCUGCGAGCUCUGCAAGUAUGACUUCAUAAUGGAGACCAAGCUCAAGCCCCUUCGAAAGUGGGAAAAACUACAGAUGACUACGAGUGAAAGGAGGAAAAUAUUCUGCUCGGUCACCUUCCAUGUCAUCGCCAUCACUUGUGUGGUUUGGUCUUUGUAUGUACUGAUAGAUCGGACAGCAGAGGAAAUCAAGCAAGGCAAUGACAAUGGUGUCCUGGAAUGGCCGUUCUGGACAAAACUGGUUGUGGUGGCCAUUGGCUUCACAGGAGGUCUUGUCUUCAUGUACGUACAGUGUAAAGUCUACGUCCAGUUGUGGCGCAGGCUAAAAGCCUACAACCGUGUGAUCUUCGUGCAGAAUUGCCCAGAUACCGCCAAUAAACUGGAGAAGAACUUCUCAUGCAACGUAAACACAGACAUUAAAGAUGCAGUGGUAGUGCCUGUAUCACAAACAGGUACAAAUUCACUGCCGCCCGCAGAGGUUGGCCCUCCGGAAGUUAUACCCGUCUGAUGGAACUAUUUGGGAGUUUCUUCACCCAAGAACAUCUUUGUAGCCUUCAGCCACUACAAAUGACAGACGUGAUCCUGCAUUAUUCGCUCCCUUUAUCUCCUUUCUUCUACUGACUCAUUUUUCCUUACUUGGCUCAGAAAGGAAAGGAGGAAAAAGAAAAUCAAAUGACUAGGAUCUCAUGAAGGAGCCUAAAGGAUGACAUGGAAAUGUGAAGUUUGCUGGAAUGAUUUCUAAGACAGUAAAGAACUACUGGUACACGAAAUGCUUUUAGGCAGUGAGGACAAAUUAAAUGGACACGUGCUUUUCUUUGCAGUAGCAGGGGCAAGAUUCAAGAAUACAGACUUGAAUUGCAAUGUGUAUUUCUCCUUAUGGCCUUGUCAUGUUGGCUAUCUCAUGUGGAAAUAACAUACACAUUUGGUUUUAAGCCUGAAAUUGUCUGCAUUGUCCUAAGUCACAGUGGAAGCAAAGUUGGAGGAUGCAUAUUUUGAUAUACAGAUUUUUAUGGCUAUAGUGGAGUCUGGUUAUUUUGACAGAUGCAUGUUUUAAAAACGGAUGCAACACACAUCUGAAGAUAGUAGUACCUGGAAUUACAUUUAAAUCAUGAACAGAAGGUUUUUAGAGAAUGUUCGGGUUUAAUUAGCUCUGUUAAGUACCCAUAGAAAUCAAAAUCAAUGAUCGGGUCCUAUAUUUUAUCUGGUUCCUCUAACAGUGUUUGCCAACAGAAAUAGGACACUGGCUGCCAAGGGCGGGCCACAACUGUAAAUUUACAAUUUCCAAGUAACACUAUCAGAAAACAUAAAAAUGAGUAAAUAUUAAUUUUGAUCAUUUUAACCCCAUAAAUACAAGUUAUUUCAACAUCCCAUCCGUGGAAGGAAUUAUCAAAAUUGUAUGCUUUGAACCAAGACCUCAAAAUCCAGUGUGUACUUCAUAACACACCUCAACUUGAAUUAACUGUAUUAGGCAGCACAGCUCUAAAAGUAGAGCUCCACUUCACAGUUGAACAUUUCAAAGCUUACCUCAUUACUUUAUUUCGAAGUUUCAUUUAAAGAGCAUGAUUUUACAAAGCAUUAAACUAAUCAAGUUAAGUAUCCUGGUUUGAAGAAUGUGAUGAAAUUACCACUUCUCUAAAAGGAAAAACAAAAACACAGAAAGUAAUCUGCCUGCAGCAAGUUGUGAAAUCAACUUGUUUGCUACUAUGAAGCAUUUAUGACAGGGAAGUAAAAUUAAAUAUUUUUGUUAAUACAACAAAACUGUAAAGUUUUUUUAAAAUCCAUAUGGCAGUUGAGUAACUACAACCAAGAAUGUCGAUCCUAUUUUAAAAAACUGACAGUAUUUACCUUGCUCAGUUACGAAGCAAAAAUACUCAAGAUUCUGUAAGUAAUAAAUUGAGUUUUUCAGGUUUGACAGUUACUAUUUCGUUCUUUACAUAUUCAUAGGAAACUCAAGUGUGAAUGAUACCGAAGUGAGCUACACCGAGAACUGUAGAUAUAGUCGCCUGCUGAAAGACAUCCUACAUUUUAAAAAGUGAUUUUUGUUAGUUGCCAUAUUUAUUAUUGUGAAAAGGCAAGGACGGCCAUCAGAACCAAAGCAUGGGCUAUCACAAUGCACAAAUCUGGGUACCAUAUCAGUGCACUUUGUAAUUUUCGUGUUUGUUCUUCACAGAUUAUCAAAGGAAAAAAAUGUUUUCAUGAGAAAGACAGUGUGGAUAUUAGUAGUGGUUAACACCGAUUCCAAAUAGUCCCAUUUCUAGAAAUAAAGCAAAGGUAAACCAUG